AUGUGUUCCUAUCUUCUACAACAUGUCACUGCUGAAGGCACAACUUUGGUUAAACAAGCUAAAUAUGCAGCAAGUACCAAGAAGGCGGAAAAGAGAGAUGUGGUUGGGUUACAAGAACAGGUUUUUGUUAGAAAAGUUAUUGAGCUUCAUGACAAGUACCUGGCAUAUGUAAAUGACUGUUUCGUGAACCAUACUCUUUUCCACAAGUUGAAAGACAAUGAGAGUUUGAUAGAACUCGAGCACCUUGUUGCUACUCACAAUGAGAAAGUAGAAAACCUUACUGCUGAUAAUGUGAAAUUCCAGGAAAAUGUUAGUACACUAGAACAGGAAAUUAGUGAAACACAAACGAAAUUUGAAGAAACCACAAACUUGAGUGAAGAUAGGUUGAAGGAAGCCAUGGAAGCAGAAAAUCGGAUAAUUGAUAUAAAGAUUGACAUGCAAAGUCUUCAAGAAAAGAUUGCUGACAUGGAAGCCGAGGAAGAGAUUCUCCUUUGGCAUGGUUAUCGUUUGACAAACUAUGUUGGUAUUUUAAGCCAAGGAUUGCGAAUAGCUCCCCCUGAAGCUCCGACAACCGUUUACAUGUUUGGAAAAGGGAUUUAUUUUGCUGUUUUGGUGAGAAAAAGUGCUCAAUAUUGUUUUAUUGACAAGAAAAAUCUGGUUGGCCAAGGGUUGAUGAAAGCAAAUAGCUCUGGAGUUAGAAGAGGAAAAGAAAGCUCAAGCUGA